AAAACCGAUAUGCUACCCGGACGUGCUUUCAGUCGCCUCUAUAUUGCCAAUGCCAAUCGACAUGAUACUGGCAACUAUUCAUGUACCCUUGGUAAUGAUAUCACUGGAACAGUGAUGGUACACGUUCUAAAUGGUGAAGAACCAGCUGCCAUGCAGCAUGCAUCAGGGUCGACAGUGUCGCCCAUACUCUCGGUUGUGUUAUUUACAGUAAUUGCAGCAUCAUUGUUUGCAGAAAUGCUAUGUCAACGAUGACGACGAUACUAAAAAAAUGUAAAGCAUGAA